CACCGCCCCGGCCGUCCAGCAGGGGGGCUUUGUUGUCCUCAGAGAGCUGAAUGUCUUCACCUGCAUCCCGGUUGUCUUCACGCCAUUUUAAAGUUAAAGCAUUAAGCGAAAGCUCCAUAAAAAUUGUCGGAAUAUACUAACAAAACGAAAAGGCUCUGAAGUAUGUCAGACUUCAUUGAGAGUGAAGCUGAAGAGUCAGAGGAGGAGUUGGAAGAAAAAGAUCUCAAACCCAAAAAGACCCAGAGGUUUCUGGAAGAUGAUGAUGAGGAGGAAGAGGAGAACACUGAAGAUCAGGAUGAAAGGGGGAAUUUAAGAGGACUCAUCGACGAUGGAGACGAUGAGGAGGAGGAGGAAGCCGGGAGCAAGAGUGGAGCAGGCAGUGAUUCGGACGAGGAAGUCAAACAUCGACGCAAGAAGCGCAGCUUUGAUGACUAUCUGGAUGACGACGACCUUGACCUCAUUGAGGAGAAUUUAGGAGUCAAAGUGAAAAGAAGGAAAAAGAAGUAUGAGCGCGUCAAGACGAUGGAGGACGACGAUGAGGACGACGACGGGAAGGACCUCAUCGCCGACGAGAUCUUCACGGGGGACGCCGACGGCGACCUCGAGGAAGGAGAGACGGUGGACGUACCUAUUCAGCGUCAUGAGGACGAAGAGGGAGAGGAUGAGGAGUCAGACAUUGACGAUUUCAUUGUGGACGACGACGGCCAGCCCAUCACUUCUAAGAGGGGCAAAAAAUAUUCUGGCUUCACGGAUGCCGCCCUCCAGGAAGCCCAGGAGAUCUUCGGUGGCGACUUUGACUUUGCCGACUUCGAUGCGGACGCGUACGAGCAGGGCGACGAGGAAGAGGAGGACACGGACAAGAGGCAGCCCAAGCGGAUGCACGGGAGGAAGAGCAUCUUCGAACUGUACGAGCCUAGUGAGCUGGAGAGCAGCCACAUGACGGACCAGGACAACGAGAUCCGCUCCACCGACAUGCCCGAGAGGUUCCAGCUGAGAUCCAUCCCCAUCAAACCAGCCGAGGACGAGGAGCUAGAAGAGGAAGCCGAGUGGAUCUUCAGACACGGAUUCUCCACCCUGACCAUCUCCAUGCAGGAGAGCACAGACUACCUCGACAGGGGGACAACCACAAACUUCAGCAGGAAAGGUCCCAGCACCAUCGCCAAGAUCAAGGAGGCCCUGAACUUCAUGAGGAACCAGCACUUUGAGGUUCCCUUCAUCGCGUUCUACAGGAAGGAGUAUGUGGAGCCGGAGCUGAACAUCAACGACUUGUGGAAGGUGUGGCAGUGGGACGAGAAGUGGACACAGCUGAAGAUGCGGAAGCAGAACCUGACCCGCCUGUUCCGGAGGAUGCAGUCGUACCAGUACGAGCAGAUCUCCGCCGACCCGGACAAACCCCUGGCUGAUGGCAUCCGCCCCCUGGACACGGCAGAUAUAGAGAGGCUGAAAGAUGUCCAGUCGCUGGACGAGCUGAACGACGUGUACAACCACUUCCUGCUCUAUUACGGCCGAGACGUCCCCAAGAUGCAGAACGCCGCCAAAGUGAGCAAGAGGAAGAAGAAGAUGAAGAAGAUCAUUGAAGUGAACGAGGACGGCGAGGAAGAGGAGGUGGAGGUGGAGGAAGACGACGAGACCCAGAAAGGACCGGAUCUGAAGCUGGCGUCCCGUAGAGACAUGUACACCAUAUGUCAGGGCGUGGGCCUCGACGGGUUGGCCAAAAAGUUUGGACUGACUCCAGAGCAGUUUGGGGAGAAUCUGAGGGACAGCUACCAGCGGCACGAGACUGAGCAGUUCCCUGCAGAGCCCAUGGAGUUGGCCAAGGACUACGUCUCCAGCCAGUUCAGCACCCCGGAGGCAGUCCUGGAGGGGACCCGCUACAUGGUGGCCAUGCAGCUGGCCCGGGAACCCCUGGUGAGACACGUGCUCAGGCAGACCUUCCAGGAGCGGGCCAAGGUCAACAUCAAACCCACCAAGAAGGGCAAAAAGGAAGUGGACGAGGCCCACUUCGGCUACUCCUUCAAGUACCUGAAGAACAAGCCGGUGAAGGAGCUCAACGGGGAACAGUUCCUCAAGAUGUGUCUGGCGGAGGAGGAGGGGCUGCUCACCAUAGAGAUCUGUAUCGACCUGAUGGGCAUCAAGGGGUUUGCGGGGGACCAGGCCUACUUUGAGGAGAUCAAGCAGUUCUACUACAGGGACGAGUUCAGCCACCAGGUGCAGGAGUGGAACAAGCAGCGGACGCUGGCCAUCGAGAGGUCCCUCACCCAGUUCCUGUACCCCCAGAUGGCCAAGGAGCUGAAGAGCAAGCUGAUCGCCGAAGCCAAGGAGAACAUCGUCAGGUCUUGCUGCAGGCGUCUCUACAACUGGCUGAAGGUGUCCCCCUACCGGCCGGACCAGCAGGUGGAGGAGGACGACGACGACCUGAUGGACGACAACCAGGGGAAAGGCAUCCGCGUGCUGGGCGUGGCCUACGCUCCCAGCAGAGACACGCCAGUCUUCUGCGCGCUGAUCAACGGAGAAGGAGAGGUGGUGGACUUCCUGCGUCUGCCCUACUUCAUGACCAGAAGGAACGCUUUCCGGGAAGAUGAACGAGAGAAGAAGGCGAAGGACAUCGAGAACCUCAAGAAGUUUCUGAAGUCCAAGAAGCCUCACGUUGUGGCGGUGGGAGGGGAGAACCGGGACGCCCAGAUGAUCAUGGAGGACAUCAAGAAGGCGGUCAGCGAGCUGGAGCAGGAGUCGUCUAUCCCCCCGGUGGGGGUGGAGCUGGUGGACAACGAGCUGGCCACCCUGUACAUGAACAGCAAGAAGUCAGAGGCGGAGUUCAGGGACUACCCCCCCCUACUGCGACAGGCCGUGUCCAUUGCCCGCAAGAUCCAAGACCCCCUGGUUGAGUACACGCAGGUGUGCAGCAGUGAUGAUGACAUCCUCUGCCUCAAACUGCACCCCCUGCAGGAGCAAGUGGUCAAGGAGGAGCUGCUGACCGCCCUGUACUGUGAGUUCAUCAACCGGGUGAACGAGGUGGGCGUGGACGUGAACCGGGGCAUCUCCCACCCUUACACCCAGAGCCUGGUCCAGUAUGUCUGCGGCCUGGGGCCCAGGAAGGGGUCCCAACUCCUCAAGAUCCUGAAGCAGAACAACACGCGGCUGGAGAACCGCACCCAGCUGGUGACCAUGUGUCACAUGGGGCCCAAGGUGUUCAUCAACUGCGCUGGUUUCAUCAAGAUCGACACGGCCUCCCUGGGAGACAGCACCGACUCGUACAUCGAGGUGCUGGACGGCUCGCGGGUCCACCCCGAGACGUACGAGUGGGCGCGCAAGAUGGCGGUGGACGCCCUGGAGUACGACGAGUCUGCGGAGGACGCCAACCCGGCCGGAGCCCUGGAGGAGAUCCUGGAGAACCCGGAGCGCCUCAAGGACCUGGACCUGGACGCCUUCGCCGAGGAGCUGGAGAGACAGGGCUACGGUAACAAGGGCAUCACGCUGUACGACAUCCGCGCCGAGCUCAGCUGUCGCUACAAGGACCUGCGUGUUCAAUACAGGGCGCCCAACACGGAGGAGGUGUUCAACCUGCUCACCAAGGAGACGCCAGAGACCUUCUACAUAGGUAAACUGAUCACCAGUUGUGUGACGGGCAUUGCUCACCGGCGCCCCCAGGGGGAGAGUUACGACCAGGCCAUCAGGAACGACGCCACGGGCCUGUGGCAGUGUCCCUUCUGCCAGCAGGACAACUUCCCGGAGCUCAGUGAGGUGUGGAACCACUUUGACAGCGGCUCGUGUCCGGGCCAGGCCAUCGGGGUGCGCAGCCGUCUGGAUAACGGGGUGCAGGGCUUCAUCCCCACAAAGUUCCUCAGUGACAAGGUGGUCAAACACCCUGAGGAGAGAGUCACGGUGGGAAUGACGGUACACGUCCGCAUCAUGAAGAUCGACAUCGAGAAGUUCAGCGUGGACCUGACCUGCCGCACCUCCGACCUUGCGGACAAGGGCAACGAGUGGAAGCUCCCGAAGGACAGCUACUACGACUUCGACACGGAGACGGAGGACCACAAACACGAAGAGGACCUCAAGAAGAAGCAGCAGAGGACGCCCUACAUCAAGCGUGUGAUCGCCCACCCAAGCUUCCACAACAUCAGCUUCAAGCAGGCGGAGAAGAUGAUGGAGUCCCUGGACCAGGGAGACCUGGUCAUCCGGCCCAGCAGCAAGGGGGAGAACCACCUCACGGUCACCUGGAAGGUGGCGGAGGGUAUCUACCAGCACGUUGACGUGCGGGAGGAGGGCAAGGAGAACGUGUUCAGUCUGGGACACACCCUGUGGAUCGGCACCGAGGAGUUUGAGGACCUGGAUGAGAUCACGGCGCGCUUCAUCCAGCCCAUGGCGGCGUUCGCCAGGGACCUGCUGGGACACAAGUACUUCCACGAGUGCCACGGCGGAGACAGGAAGAAAAUGGAGGAGAUGCUGGUGAAGACCAAGAGGGAGAAGCCCACCUUCAUCCCCUACUUCAUCUCGGCCUGCAGGGACCUGCCCGGGAAGUUCAUCCUGGGGUACCAGCCCAGAGGCAAGCCUCGGGUGGAGUACGUGAGCCUCAGUCCGGACGGCUUCCGCUACCGCUCGCAGAUGUUCACCUCGGUCAACGGCCUGUUCCGCUGGUUCAAGGACCACUACCAGGAGCCCAUCCCCGGCAUCACCCCUAGCAACAGCAGCAGGACCAGGACGCCCGUAUCGCUCAAUGCUACGCCGGCAAACAUCAAUAUCGCAGACCUGGCGCGAGCAGUCAACUCCCUGCCCCGCAACAUGACCUCCCAGAUGUUCAACGCCAUCUCCGCGGUGACGGGCCAGGGCCAGAACGCCAACAGCACGCCGGCCCAGUGGGGGUCCAGCCAGUACAACUACAGCGGGGGCGGCGGUGGCGGGGGCAGCACCGGCGGGGGAGGGGGCAGCUCCUCGGCCUAUCACGUGUUUGCCACGCCCCAGCAGCCCAUGGCGACGCCCAUGAUGACGCCCAGUUACUCGUACACGACGCCCAGCCAGCAGGCGCUGGGCACGCCCCAGUACCCGGGCUCCACGCCCCAGUCGUCCCACGGCCACUCCUCGCACCACGCCCACCACAGCGGGGCCCCGGGGCCCGCGUCCGGCACGCCCACGUCCUCCAGCUCGUCCCGCGGCCGCACGCCACAGCAGCAGCAGCCGCAGCCUAAGUCCGGGGGCAGCAGCUCGGCCGUGGACUGGGGCAAGAUGGCCGAGCAGUGGCUGAAGGAGAAGGAGGCGGAGGGGAGGAAGAAGACGCCGCGCAUGACCCCCCGACCCUCGCCCAGCCCCAUGAUCGAGAGCACGCCCAUGUCCAUCGCCGGCGACGCCACGCCCCUCCUGGACGAGAUGGACCGAUAGGGCAGGGAGGGGGGCCUCACAUACCCCCCCCCCUUCAUUUCUUUUUUUUUAAACUCCACCCUCUCCCCUCAUACGGACACUCCUCCCUGGCCCUUGCUCCUCGUCGACCUCAUGCUCCCACUCCUCGUUCGUCCAGCGGCCAGACUUCCUGUGUGUUUGUGUGCGGGGGGUUGUGUCUGGCUGUAUUCAAACUGAAACUGUUGAUCCGGUCUCCCGGCUGCCUGUUUAAUUUCGUCAGGACUGUAUUUUACUCGUAACGUCGAUCCCUCGCCCCAGAGAGACGGGCUGAAGUGACUGAUGGCUGUGACGGCGGGCUGCUGCUAGGCCGCCCGGCAGCGGGGGCGCUUCCCUUUCUUAGCUGCAGGGUUUCCCUGUUGCCUUGUUGUCUUUUGUUGAAUGGCGGUCCGGUUCCAGGCCGCGCCCCUCAGGCCACAUCCCUCAGGCCACGCCCCUCGGGCGACACCCCUCAGGCCACAUCCCUCAAAGAUCCUAAACCCUUUGUGAUUGGUGGAUUAUUUUUGGAGGACGGUUUUUGUACGGCUUGCCUCUGAAGUUAAUAAAGAGGAUCAAGUGCGGCGAGUUGAAAGCCUUCUGUUUGAUUAAAACUGAUGGUCUCUUUCAAGGCCAGAUUAGCAGAGUAUUUCAUGAGAGCAGUAGCCCAUGCUAAAUGCUGCCCACCCAGAAGUUCUUCUGGCCCUCCGUCUGGGAACGUGUUGUCACACCCUGUGUGACCCUCAACACAACCUUUUGAAAUGUGUGCUAUAGAUGCUGAAUGUGGAUCUACAUUUCUUUUCAGCCUCAUCCCUGUGAGACAUCCCAUAAUAUGGAAUGUUGCUUUUCAGUUGUGGUCUCUCCAUAAAAUAGCAGGCGUUUUACCCUCUUAAACAAACAUGAACGAUUUUUGGUCCUCAGUCAUGCUAAAGACACCUUACUCGGUUGUAAUUAUGUUAUUUUGUCCAUUGUAGAGUACAGGGUCUUAAUGGGAGCGAGGGGGGGAGGGAGGGUCAUGAAUCCAGUGUUGUUAAGGUCCAGGGCGACGCUCUGACCCGGAUGGGAACCCAAUGGACAAAGAAAACUAAAUGUUGUGGUUGUAUCAUGAUGGGCUUUAUUGGACCGUGGGUUUAGUAUCAGGGUUACUACAUUAUCCUCGUAUUAUACUUCUAUUAUACGUUUAGUUGACUUGUUAAUUUUUAAAUAUUGCUUUGAGAAAAGCUGAAUCCACUUUGACCUAAAGGACCUGCGCAUUUCUUCCCAAGGCUCCGAUCCGUUCUGGUUUGAAGAGAAACGAAAUGUGAAGGAGGAAUGAUGUCUGGGGCUGAAACACUGCUUAGGACCUUUCUACACAAACCCUUUAAUAAAAGUGUUACUACCUAA